CCGUUCCCCGUCUCCUUCAGCCUGGAGGAACCAGAGGCACUCUGGGCUGGGAAUGAGGCAGUAGCGGAGGAUGAAGAAGUAGCCUGGGGGUCCGUGGAAAAUGAGGCAGAAGCCCCUGCUGCAGCUGGUGCUGCUGCUGGCCCUGCCCAGGGUCCUGGGGGGAAAGGAGUGUCUGUCUCCGCCCUGUGAGUGCCACCAGGAGGACGACUUCAGAGUCACCUGCAAGGAUAUUCACCACAUCCCCAGCCUUCCAGCCAGUACCGAGACUCUGAAACUUACAGAGACUCAUCUGGAAACUAUUCCCAGUCAUGCAUUUUCAAAUCUGCCCAAUAUUUCCAGGAUCUACUUAUCAAUAGACGCAACUCUGCAGCGGCUGGAAUCACAUUCCUUCUACAAUAUGAGUAAAAUGACUCACAUAGAGAUUCGGAAUACCAGAAGCUUAACUUACAUAGACCCUGGUGCCCUAAAAGAGCUCCCCCUCCUGAAGUUCCUUGGAAUUUUCAACACUGGACUUAAAGUAUUUCCUGACUUGACCAAAGUUUAUUCCACGGAUGUAUUCUUUAUACUUGAAAUAACAGACAACCCUUACAUGACUUCGGUUCCUGUGAAUGCUUUUCAGGGGCUGUGCAAUGAAACCUUGACACUGAAACUAUACAACAAUGGCUUUACUUCAGUCCAAGGACAUGCUUUCAAUGGGACGAAGCUGGAUGCUGUUUACCUGAACAAGAAUAAACACCUGACGGUUAUUGACAAGGAUGCAUUUGGAGGAGUAUACAGUGGACCAACCUUGCUAGACAUCUCCCAUACCAGUGUUACAGACCUGCCAUCGAACGGCCUAGAGAACUUGAAGGAAUUGAUAGCAAGAAAUACUUGGACUCUAAAGAAACUCCCACUUUCCUUGAGUUUCGUUCACCUCACACGAGCUGACCUUUCUUAUCCAAGCCAUUGCUGUGCUUUUAAGAAUCAGAAGAAAAUCAGAGGAAUGCUUGAGUCCUUAAUAUGCAAUGAGAGCAGAAUUCGGAGCCUGGGUCAAAGGAAAUCUGUGAAUGAUUUGAAUGGCCCGCUUUACCAGGAAUAUGAGGAGGAUCCAGGUGACAGUAGUGCUGGGUACAAGGAAAACCCCAAGUUCCAGGAUACCCCCAGCAACUCUCAUUAUUAUGUAUUCUUUGAAGAACAAGAAGAUGAGAUCAUUGGUUUCGGGCAGGAGCUCAAAAACCCCCAGGAAGAGACCCUACUGGCCUUUGACAGCCAUUACGACUACACCGUGUGUGGGGACAAUGAAGACAUAAUGUGCACCCCCAAGUCAGAUGAGUUCAACCCCUGCGAGGACAUAAUGGGCUACAAGUUCCUGAGAAUCAUGGUGUGGUUUGUGAGUCUGCUGGCUCUUCUGGGCAAUGUCUUUGUCCUGCUUAUCCUCCUCACCAGCCACUACAAACUGACUGUCCCGCGCUUUCUGAUGUGCAACUUGGCCUUUGCGGACUUCUGCAUGGGGAUGUACCUGCUCCUUAUUGCCUCUGUAGACCUCUACACUCAGUCUGAGUACUACAACCAUGCCAUCGACUGGCAGACAGGCCCUGGGUGCAACACGGCUGGUUUUUUUACUGUCUUUGCCAGUGAGUUGUCAGUGUACACGCUGACAGUCAUCACCCUGGAGCGCUGGUAUGCUAUCACUUUCGCCAUGCGCCUGGACCGGAAGAUUCGCCUCAAGCACGCAUAUGCCAUCAUGGUUGGGGGCUGGGUUUGCUGCUUCCUGCUUGCCCUGCUCCCUUUGAUGGGAGUAAGUAGUUAUGCCAAGGUCAGCAUCUGCCUGCCCAUGGACACCGAGACUCCUCUCGCUCUGGCUUAUAUUGUCCUUGUUCUGUUGCUCAACAUAGUUGCUUUCAUCAUCGUAUGCUUCUGUUACGUGAAGAUCUACAUGACAGUCCGAAAUCCCCAGUAUAACCCAGGGGACAAAGACACCAAGAUUGCCAAGAGGAUGGCUGUGUUGAUCUUCACUGACUUCAUGUGCAUGGCCCCAAUCUCAUUCUAUGCUUUGUCAGCACUUAUGAACAAGCCUCUCAUCACUGUUACCAACUCCAAAAUCUUGCUGGUUCUCUUCUAUCCACUUAACUCCUGUGCCAAUCCAUUCCUUUAUGCCAUCUUCACUAAGGCCUUCCAGAGGGAUGUUUUCAUACUGCUCAGCAAGUUUGGUGUCUGUAAACGCCAGGCCCAAGCAUAUAGGGGCCAAAGAGUUUCUCCAAAGAACAGCAUUGGUAUUCAGGUCCAAAGGGCUACCCGGGACAUGAGACAAAGUCUUCCCAACAUGCAUGAUGACUAUGAACUGAUUGAAAAUGCCAAUCUAACUCCAAAUAAGCAGGACCAAAUCUCAGAAGAGUAUCAGCAAACAGCUUUGUAGGCUGGCCCUACACUACUUGCAAUGGUAGGGGGACUUAACAAAAGGCUGGUUUCCUGAACAUACAUUCCAACCCCAUAACACCCAUAAUGCACAACUGAACUAACCUAACCCUGUGCGGGUGAUAUUUCAUGGGACAAGGGUUCAUCUCCAGAGAGUGACUUGAGUUAAACUAAUUAUCACCUUGGAGAAGGAAGAGAUGCCACCAACAUGUCUGAAGACCAGGUGAUAUCAAAAUAAUUGAUGCUUU